GAAAUAAUGAAUGAAUGGGGAUUGCAGAUGCCACGUGGCACAAAGCAUAGACUUCCAUGUUUGACCUCGUCCCCCAAAUUAAAUUUCAAAACUAUCACCCCCACCCCCAACCCAAACAAAUAGCUUUCCUUAAACAAUCACUUCUGAUUUCUCUCUCCCAAAAUACAAAUUCAAACAGGAUUUCUCAAUUUCCUGAUUUCCGAAGCUUCAUGAUUAUCCUUAUCUGAAUCAAAUUAAUUUCAGUUACUUUUUUUUUUUUUUUGGUUCAAUUUUUUUGCUCGGAGUUACGAUGUCGUCGCCGGACAUUGCCGGAGUAUUGGACAACGCUAAGGAGCUCGAUCGGCUGAGGAAGGAGCAAGAGGAGGUGCUCGGAGAAAUCAACAGGAUGCACAAGAAGCUGCAAUCUACUCCAGAGAUAGUUGAAAGGCCUGGUGAUAACUCACUGUUAAAGCUUAAGAUGUUAUAUACUCAAGCCAAAGAUAUGUCCGAGAGUGAAGUAGCUCUUUCCAGUCAAUUGUUAGGACAAAUUGAUGCAUUAUUGCCUUCUGGAACUCAAGGACAACAUCGAAGAAGGAUAGGCAGUGAGCAGAAGAAGAAGAGGGUGAAGGCUGAUUCAGAAGUCCCGAGAAUGUCUCCUACCAUGAGAAGUCACUUAGAGUCUCUUGCAAACUUGAAGGGCGAACAAGUGGCUGCAAGAAUCAUUCAAGAUGAUGCUGGAAAGGAUGCCGGAAAGGAUGAAUGGUUUGUGGUUAAAGUAAUCCAUUUUGACAAAGAAACGAGAGAAUUCGAAGUCCUAGAUGAGGAUCCGGGCGACGACGAAGAGAGCACUGGGCAGAGAAAAUACAAGCUGCCUAUGUCACAUAUUAUACCUUUUCCUAAGCGAGGUGAUCUCUCCACUUCACCCGACUUUCCCCCCGGAAAAAAUGUCUUGGCAGUUUAUCCAGAAACCACUGCACUAUAUAAAGCAACCGUUGUACAGGCGCGCAAGAGGAAAAUUGACGAUUACGUUUUGGAAUUUGAUGACGACGAAGAGGCUCAAAGAUUGGUUCCGUUCCACAGGGUUGUUCCUCUACCUGAAGGAUAUCGCCCGUGAUUAUAUUUAUGUUUAUAUUGUUGUAAAAAAAGUUUACGGAGGACUUAUAUAUAUAUCUCUCCUAAAUGUAAUGUAUUAAAUUAAUUAAUCUUAUACAUUGCAAUAACUAGAACCACUAAUCGUCCACUUCAAUGCAGAUUAGCAUUAGUUCGUCGUAUAAAUGAUUUUACGAAGUGUAAUGUUUGUUCAUUCAUACGCAACCACUUGACCAAUCAAUCCACACAUUGUAGCAUAA